AUGAGUUUUCUACCAAAUGAUGAGUUUCUCUCAUCCCUGCAAACCAUACUAGUGGAUCCGUCAAAGUCCAUAUACAUCACACAGAAAAGACUAACCGAGCCAAAGGUCGAACCAACCAUUGACGAUUUGUCAGCGAAUAUCACAGGCCAAGCCCUAGUGGUGGAUUAUAAGACAGACGAAAGUGCCCAUCAGAUAUUGUUCAAAGUCAAGACUGACAGGAAGAAAAUACGCACUGUGGUGAAUGCCGAAGAUCUGGAUGCCUUUUGGAUAAAAUACUCUGGGGCAUUGAAAAAUGGCUUCACAGGCCUUAAGAAAACCAAAAAGAAGAAGAAGAAGGCAAAGAAGGCUUGA